CGAGACAAGACAAGAAGCAGAGACCCUACGCACGCACGCACGCACGCAGACGCGAGGAUGGCACGCACCGGCGCCACGACCACGACGGCAGCUGCUGCGGCGCUGCUCCUGCUGGCGCUGGUGGCCACCGGCGCCGCCGCGGUCGACGCGGCCGCUGGCGGCCAUGAGAUGACUGCUGCCGGCGGUCGCCGCGGCGUCCGGGCCCAGCCGGCGGGGCUGACGCAGUGCAUGGGCGGGUGCGGGACGAAGGUCGCAUCGUGCCUCCUUGACUGCUACAACACGGCCACCGGAGGGACCAUGCCCAUCUGCUACCUCGGAUGCACCAACCACGCCGUCUUCUGCGCCACCGACUGCACCACCCAGGGGCUCUGA